AUGGAACUUUUUUAUGUCCUGUUAGUGGUACUGCUGGUGGUUUUUACUGCCUCAUUCACAUUAGCAAUUAUAAGAACGCUUCAAGUGGACUUUCCCAACGUCCACAUCCCUCCUGGAGUGGAUCAACCUGGAAAGCUUCGUGUUGUCCAUGCACAUAUGGUUUUUACAUCUGCUGUGGGCAAGAUCUUGGAGAAGAUGGGAGUGUGCACAGAGAUCACCUUCACCCGCUACAUGCGCUCAGGGAAGAAGCGGGGCCCGGAGCCGCAGCUGUGCCUGCAGGACAUGCGCUUUGACGGAGUGCCGGUGCGGCUCUACCUGCCCCGUGUGCCAUCUGCUGCCCUGAGGCCUGCCACCAUCUUCUUCCACGGCGGCGGGUGGAUUUACUGCAGCAUCGAUUCCCAUGACAACAUCUGCCGUUACAUCGCCAGAGAGAGCGGCUCCGUGGUUGUGUCUGUUGGGUAUCGUUUAGCUCCUGAGCACAAAUACCCUGCUGCAUAUGAAGACUGCCUUCAUGCUUCCAUACACUUCAUGAGGAAUGCAGAGCACUAUGGGGUGGAUCCUGCCCAGAUCAGUGUCUGUGGGGACAGUGCUGGGGGCAAUCUAGCUGCUGCUGUUAGCCAGACCCUGGCAGGCAGAGCAGACCUCCCCAGGCUGCGUGCUCAGAUCCUGAUCUACCCAGGCCUUCAGGCAGUGGACAUGGAUUUACCCUCCUACCAGCAAAAUCGGGGAGUCCCUCUCUUACUCCGAGAACGCGCUGCUUUCUUUGCUUUGCUGUACCUACAUGGGGAUGCAUCACACAAGCAAGAUGUCCUGAAGGGCUCUCAUGUUCCUCCGGAAAUGAGACAGAAGUACAAAAAGUGGGUGAGCCCAAACAACAUCCCUGAGAGGUUUAAGGCAAGAGGAUACAACCCACAGAAAACUCAUGACGUCGCAGCCGAAAUUUUUAAGAAAUUUGAAAGAAUUUGUGAGCCCAACCUGUGCCCCCUGCUAGCUGAAGAUGCUGUAAUUCAGCAGCUGCCCGAGACCUUCAUCUUAACUUGUGAGUAUGAUGUACUAAGAGAUGAUGGCUUGCUGUACAAGAAGAGGCUGGAGGACAACGGAGUCCCAGUGACCUGGUGCCACCUCGAGGAUGGGUUCCAUGCAAUAAUAAGCCUGUAUGAGUAUGGUGGGUUGUCGUUCCCAUCUGGGAAAAGGGGAUUGGACAGAGUUGUUCAAUUCAUAAAAGGCCUUUAG